UGUGUGUGUGUGUCAGAUUGUAGUGUGUGCAUGUGCGUCUCUGAGCUCAGCGUGUGUGUGUGUGAUCUUGUGUGUGCGCUUUCGGUAUGUGUGUGUGUCUGUGAUCACAGGCUGUGGGCAGGGAGCAGGUGAAGUCACACUGUGGGUCGGUGCUUUUCAGUGUCUGUGUCCUUUCAGCCCCUGCAUGUGGGCGGAUUCCGUGUGUCUCUGUGAUCGUAGUCCCUGGGGCUGUGUGAUUUUCACGGGAGGGGGUGUGUGUUUCCCCAGUGUGUGCUCCCUGACUAGGGUGACCAGACAGCAAGUGUGAAAAAUCAGGAUGGAGGUGGGGGGUAAUAGGAACUUAUAUAAGAAAAAGACCCAAAAAUCGGGACUGUCCCUAUAAAAUCAGGACAUCUGGUCACCCUGGCUCUGACCCGUGUGUGUGUGUGUGUGUGUGUGUGUGUGUCACUACCAACGAGCUGGCUGGGCCAGGCCGGGCUGACUCUGGAGCUCUCUGGAAUCACACGUGUCAGGGCCAGGCCCAGGAGCCGCUCAUGUUACCCCACAAGCUGCUGUUGGCACGGUUCUAGCAGCGCCUCCCCCAGAUGGCGGCUAAUGACAGCUUCAGUCUGGCGUAUCCGGGCAGCCCCCAGCCCGGGGAUCUGAUCGAGAUUUUCCGGCCGGCUUAUCAGCACUGGGCUCUGUAUCUGGGGGAUGGGUACAUCGUCAAUGUGGCGCCUCUCGAGGAAGGUGCCGCGUCGUCGCUGGCAAGUGCCAAGUCUGUGUUCAGCAGGAAGGCCCUGGUGAAGAUGCAGCUCCUGAAGGACGUGGUGGGGAGCGACACGUACAGAAUCAACAACAAGUACGAUGACGUCUACGCACCACUGCCCGUGGAGGAGAUCAUCCGGCGCUCGGAGUUCCUCAUCGGCCAGGAGGUGUCCUACGACCUCCUCGGCAACAACUGCGAACACUUUGUGACACUGCUGCGCUACGGAGAGGGGGUCUCUGAGCAGGCCAACAGAGCAAUCAGUGCCAUUGGGUCUGUAACAGCUGCUGCUGGAGCUGUCUCAUUGUUGGGCUUUUUCCAGAACAGAUCCAGGGAGCGGCAUUAUUAACCACGGACCAUGAGAAACUUACAGCAUGUGAUGGUUGGAUUUCCAGAUUGGAAUGGAACCAGCACAGUCCAUGGAAAAAGCUACAAUAGACACUUGUGGCCAAGGACGUCACUGUUGCCAAGAUCACUAUGCUAGUUUUUGUCAUAGCAACUUGUAUUCAGUUGCAGAUGAUGAUUUUCUUGCUAACCUCAGGGGACUCCCUGGCAAAUUCUUCAUCCUGACUGGUGCUGUUUUGCUGGUGACUGGGCCUGAGCCAAUAGAAGAGCUUUAUGCACAAUUGCUGCUGACAGUGUUUUUACUGACUCGGCUUGCUGGGGUUUUUCAGUGAAUAAUUUAUAUUUUUUUACCUGUUUGGAGAAACGUUUUUAUGUGUUUUAAAAAAGAAUAUUCAUGAAACUUACAAAUAUUCUGAGGGGCCUUUUCCCCAUCCCACCACCGGUGGCUUUGACAAGUGGAAGAUCGCAACUGCUUAGAUUUGUGGUGUGUGCUGUGUAGUCUGGUACUGUGCGCAAGGGCGUACUCUGCGCCUGCGAGGCUGGAACGCACAGCUGUUCUCCAGGUCACAGGAGAUGGGAUGCAGGAGCAGGUCCCUUCUCUUGAAAGGGAGAGAAGGGUCCCUUCUUGUUUUUAAAUGGGUGUUUUGUCUUGGAUGUGAUACUCUUUUGCUUUAAGAAAUAGACCUUUUUCCCACCGGUGAAAUGAUUCCUGUGUGCCGUUCCUCUAGACCGGUCUGGUUCAUGCUCAGACCACCACGAGGAGGCAGAACCAAGAACGUGACCGCAGCAUUUUCUGGCUACUCUGUUCUCCUGCCCAGCACCCACUGUUUUUUCUGGACUGCCUGUGCUCAAACAGGUUGCUAUAGCUGGGAACUGCUAGCACUGAACCCUACCUCUCCUGCUUUCUUAGUGACCCCCGGGGCUUGGACCUGCCCUGAGCCAAGAUGGGGAAAAUAGCUCUAAAUCCUGCAGAACCAGUCCUUGGUCUGGAGCUGCUCACCCCCCAGAGCCUCAGCCAGAAACCAAGCUUGAGCCCGUGUUUAAAUUCAGUUCUUGGUCUUUUUCUCCUGCUGGUUGGAGGGUAGAUCCCACGCUCCUGAAGUAGUGUGGGGAAUGUGCCACAGAAAGCAGGUUGCGUGUAUUGCAGAUUCUGUUAGCAUCGGUUCACCUGCCAGUCCCAUAUGGGUGACACCUGGGUUUUUUGGAAUGAAUCUGGUUUUGUACUUGAGUGAUUUAGUAGCGUUCUCACUGGCUUGCAGCUGGUGUAACUGGCCCACAGAUUUGGCCUUGUUCUUUGAAGCCUGAAAACAAGAUACUACGGUGCUGGCUCUCACACUGUGCCACUCCACUGACUGCAGUCAUGCACAGGGCAACCCACCGUCUGGCUCAGGGUAUUUACUGCAAAGUCUUGUCUGCCGUUGAACACGUCCCUACUUGAAUCAGAGCUUUUUUAUUGUCGGUUGUUUCCGUGUUUGUGGAACUGAGUCUGACGUUCAGUUGUAUAUUGUCGCGCACUGUUGUCUAGUAUUUCCCUUUCUUCUUAAACUAAAUUGGAUAUUAAAUACAGCAAAAAACAAACACACACCUUCUUUCUAUUAUAAUAAAUCUGAAAAUAAAUCUGA